CAAACUGACAAUGUCAGUUGUCACUUGUCACUAACCAAUUUUAUUUUCCGAAAACUUUCAGCAUCUGAUUCUCAGACUGCAAUAAUAAUAGCUUUGGAACUAGAAAUCUAUUAAUGACUACAUUAAGAUAGCAUUUCAUUAAUUGUCAAUCUGAAAAGUUAAUAGUAAAAUGACCUCCCAAUCAACUACAGCUGUUCAAGCGGUAGAUAGAGAUCGGGUGUAUCAAUGGAUUUUAGAACUCACUAAUCCAGAAACUAGAGAGAAUGCACUUCCAGAGCUGAGUAAAAAAAGGGAGGUAGUUCCUGAUUUAGCCCCAAUGUUAUGGAACAGUUUUGGCACUAUUGCAGCACUUCUCCAAGAAAUAAUUAAUAUAUAUCCAGCAAUCAAUCCUGCUACUCUGACAGCUCAACAGUCGAAUAGGGUAUGCAAUGCUUUGGCACUACUUCAAUGUGUUGCUUCACAUCCGGAUACUAGAUCUCAGUUUUUGUUAGCACAUAUACCCUUAUUUUUGUAUCCUUUUUUACAUACAGUGUCAAAGACACGUCCAUUUGAAUAUUUACGUUUAACUAGUUUGGGAGUAAUUGGAGCUCUCGUUAAGACUGAUGAGCAAGAAGUAAUUACUUUCCUCUUGACUACGGAAAUCAUUCCUCUGUGUUUGAGAAUUAUGGAAUCAGGUUCUGAGCUUAGUAAGACUGUGGCCACCUUCAUUUUGCAAAAAAUCCUUCUUGAUGAUAGUGGUUUAUCAUAUAUUUGUCAAACAUAUGAUAGAUUCAGUCAUGUUGCAAUGAUACUCGGUAAAAUGGUCAUUUCUCUGGCUAAAGAACCUUCUGCUCGACUACUCAAGCAUGUGGUCCGUUGUUAUCUCCGACUUUCAGAUAAUCCUCGUGCUCGUGAAGCGCUAAGACAAUGUCUUCCUGAUCAAUUGAGGGACAAUACAUUCGCUAAUUGUUUGCAAGAGGAUAAAUCAACGAAUCACUGGCUUCAGCAGCUGCUUAAUAAUCUGGAGACUCCUCCACCGGCUGAUAGUCGGCAAGUGGGCUUGUCCCCUCUUACAUCACAAUAGAGCUCCGAGGAGGAGAAAACAUUGAGGGAAUGUUGACUGAACGAUGAUUUCGGAUAAUGUGAUUUCCUGUCUUUUGUUAAAAAAUUUUAUGUUCAUUAUGUUUGCUCUGUAAAAGCCCAGUCAGAUCAAUACUUGUAAUUCUUAUUUCAGUAACUUGUGCAUUGUAUAUAACGGAGAAAUUGUGAUAUAAUGUCCAAAUGAUAUAGAAUUUAAUCUGAUGAUCUAUUAAUAGUUGUUUAAUAGAAAAAUAUGAAAAUUCAAAGGAUGAAUUUGGCGAAGUAGAAUAAUUAUGCUUUCUAUAGGUGGUACUAAAUUUUUCAGACACGUCUUCGAGGAUGACAUUGGAGAACCAAUUCUUUAUAUUAACUGCAUCAGUUUGUCAUGUAAUUAUGAAAAUUUGAAAUCAUGAGGAUUUAUUCUUAUAUAUUAUAUGUUUGUUGAAGCAGUGUGAAAUUGGGAAUUUUAUGGAGAAGUCUUUAUUAUCUUCAGUGAAUUAUGUGAAAAGGGUUAUAAUUGUACUUUAGGGAUUUUUUUCCCAAUUAACUAAUAUCGAUAGUGACAUUUUUCUCGGAAUUUAUCAAACAACUAUAAUGUAUAUUUAAUGUCCAUUAAUAUUUAUUAUUUUAAUUAAAACACUGUUGCAUUA